AUGGCCAGAGCGCUUCAUAUACCUGGCGGCCGUCCCGGAAGCGACAUGCGGCGGGACUAUUUGGUCCUGAACAACAUCGCGCAAUAUUCGUCAGAUAGCUUGCGGACUGUGCUGAUGGCCAAGGGUGAUGGCACUCGCACGGACUAUCUGCAGCAGGCAGAGACGCUAGCGCAGUUCGCGCAGUUCUGGGAGCUGGAGCCUGCGAGGUACAGGAACCUGGGGAGAGAAGCUGUGAAUGCGGUGACCGAGCCACGCAGGGAGACCAGGAAGUGUCACGAGUGUGGUGAGGUGGGUCACCUGCGUGCGGCGUGCCCUGACGGAUUAUUAGGGGAGUUCCACAGGAGGCUCGGACACCAAAACUACCACGCGGUGGAAAAACUGGCCAAGGACACAAAGAACCGUCAGUCACAGAAGGACACAGGAGCAUACUCACCGAUAGACAGAGUGGCAAAGACCAAAAAAUCGGCAGCCAAGCAGAUCAAGCACUUCCUGACGCUCUUCGAGAAGAGGUUCGACUGCCGCAUCCACGUCAUGCGUACGAAUUCGGGUGCUGAGUAUCAGAACGUCGACAUGUUCUGCAAGAGGACCGGCGUCGCUCGGCAGCGAAGCGAAGCACAAAAGCAGGCCUCCAACGGGAAGGCAGAGAAGACGCAUAGAACCAUUAUGGAUAUCGCGCUGCUUGGACUUCGCGUGUGA